AUGGCUUUAUUAUCGUGGACACCCGAAAGCAUUAAGGAACGAAUUAAAAUUCAAAAUCAUUUUAUAGAAUCUGCUGUUAGCCUAAUACCUCCUAAAAAUUAUUUUAAAAAUUCAGAUGAUAAUGAAAUUUAUUAUAACAAGAGGAAAAGAGUUUCUAAGCAAUUACUUAAAGAACAGAAAAAGGCUGCAAAGAAACAAAAGCUUGAUCCUAAUAAUUUAAAAACUAACAUUAAAUCAAAACCUAAAGACGAAGAGCAUAAUUCUUCGAAGACGCGUUUGACAAUCACUGAACGUCUUUCUCGAUUACGCCUUGCCAAACAAAAUUUCGAACAAGAUUCAGAAAAAAAGAAGAAAAUUCGUAAAGAAAAAAAUCGAAUCAGGGAGGAAAAUAAAAAAAAGAGAUCGAAAAAUUUGAAUCAACAAAAAGAAUUAAAUGAUAACGAUAGUAAGGGUAAAGAAGAUAUAAAUCUGAAUUCCAAACCAUUAGAACAAGAGAAUAUUCAGAUACAAGAUUCAAAUAGUGUUGAGGGAAAUGCGACACAAUUACACGAAAAAGAAGAAUGGAGGAAGGCUCUACAAAAAACCCAAGGUGAAAAAGUAAAGGAUGAUAUUAGUUUGUUGAAAAAGACGAUAAAGAAUAAAACAUUCAAAAAGAAGAGCAGUGAAAAGGCUUGGAAAGAAAGACUUCAAGCAGUUUCCAAAGCGAUUACUGAAAAACAAGAGAAAAGAACUAAAAACAUUCAAGAAAGGAUUAACAUGAAGAAAAAUAAGAAAGGGAGAAAACAUAAAUAA